AUGUUUCAAAAUAAAAUAGAGUAAUCAAAAACAGCAUUUUUUUGGGAUGUAUAGAAAUGAUUUCAAAUUUAGAUUCUAUUAGGCACUUAUUCACCAUAAUUACCCCAUCCCUCUUUGAAUGAAAUAAAUAAAACAUCACUUGACUUACCACAAUAUCGAACUUUGAAAAUGGAUAUUCCUAGAACUCGUUCUCAAUUACUACAACCUCAAAUGCAUAACAUUAUUGAAAAAAUAAUUGUUUUCUUUUGUUAAUAAGAAAAUAUUAGUUAUAAAUAAGGAAUGAAUGAAAUAUUCGCAGUUGUUGCAGUAUUUAACGAAAGUGGACUUUCCUGGGAGAAAGUUUAUGAAUAUGCCCGCAAAAUCAUACUUGAUAAUAACUUUUUUAAAGAUGAAGAGUUUUUAUCAUUAUAAGUAGCGUUCUAAUGGAUAAAUUUGCUUUUAAAAUUUCACGAUUAUUAAUUAUAUGAUUAUUUGGAUAAAAAUUUACUUUCCCCAGAAUUAUAUGCUACACCAUGGGUUCUUACACUAUUUGCAAAUAAAAUGUCUUUAGAAUGUACUUAUCUAUUAUGGGAAAUGCUCUAUAUCAAAAAGGAUUAAUUAAUGAUAUACUUUUUUGUUGUUGCUGUUCUCAUUUAUUUUAGAUAAAAGUUACUUUCUGUUGAUUCAUCACUCUUACCACAAACUUUAAGUGGUAUUUACAUAAAUAAUGUUGAAAUAGUUAAAAACAUUUAUAAAAAGUAAACAUAUUUUUUAUAAAUAGAGCAGUCGAUUUAAAACUAAAUACUCCCUCUUCUGCUUGUAUUCCCUCUAAAAUAUUUGAUUUAUCAAAAGAAGAAUUAAAAAUUUUAAUGGACUACUAUGAACAACUUAAUUGUUUGACUCUUCAUUACUCAGAGUCUUAAAAGUUAGAAACUAUUUAUUGUAAAUUAUGCUCCAAUAAUGGAUGUGUUUAAUGUAGAGUAGUAAGAAUGCCUCCUGAAAUGAAAUGUUUUAUCUAUUCUAACAAAAAUUUACAAGAAUUAGUUUAAUAUAUUGGAGGACCAAUUAAAUAGUACAAACUUGUAGACAAAGUUUAGAAUGAAUUAAAUUCAAUUCAAAUUGUUAAGCAUUCUAAAAUAUAAUAAGAAUAACAAAUUUAACAGAGUUAUAUUUGUUUUCAAUAAUAAUAAUAAUCAUCGUAUUAGAAUACAGAAGAAGAUACUAUUAGUACUAGAUCUUAAAAUAGUUUAUAUAGCUCUUAAAUUAUAGUUCCUUUUAAGUUCAAUAAACUAAAAUUAUAAUAAUAAUUGUAAAAAUAACCUGAUGAUUAAUUUGAUUCUAUUAGAUCUUAAGAACAACAAAAUAAAUAGUAAUCUGUUUCAUAUAGAUAAUCAUCUAUUAUUGAAUCAAAUAUUUUGCAAAAUAUAUAUUUAAAUAAUACUUCACCUGUUGAGAUUUAACCAUUAAUUUUAAAGAAGGAUUCUAGAGCAAAUUCUUUAAAAUAAGACCCAAUAAAGAGAUAUGAAAAUAAAGGAUUAUUUAAGAAAAUGAUUUUAGAAAUAAAUUAGAUGAACAAUAUAAAGUUCAACAUUUUUAAAUGUAAAUUGAUAAAUACUUAAAAACAAAGAAUAUUGAUUUUAAGUUGCGGAUUCAUGUGUUUAGUUAAAGAUGAUAAAUAAGUAUAUUAAAAACUAUAAGGAAUGUAAUAAAUGAAACCAAAAACAUAAUUAAAGAUAGAAUAAUAGAAUCAGAUGAUAUAAAUUUAAUAUCUCUAUUACAUGGUAUUUUUGAAAAGAAUUAGUAGUAAACGAUAAAAUAGCAAUGUUAUCUCAUUUUAUUUUAAAUAACCAAUAGUGAAUGUAAUAAUUUUAUAGAUAUAAUAGUCAUAAUAAAAUAUGAACCAUCGUUUUUUUAAUUUAUAUAAAGAAUUUCAUAUGACUGUAGAGAAUGAUUAUAUAUAUGAUUCAAAGAAAAUGAUAAAGACAGAAUACAAAAUAACUUUAGAGAUGUUAACAACUUAAGAAGCUUAAAAUUGUAUAGAAAUGGGUAAACAAUAUUACAAGCAAUGCUAAUUUUGA